UGCGCUCCGUGCCCGCGGCCGUGCCCGCGCCGGCGGCGGCCCCAGCCCCAGCGAGGGGGCUCGGCUCUGCGCUCCGCCGCCUCCAUGGAGCUCCGCCGCCGCUUGUGAUGCCCGGCCCGGAGCGCACCAUGGGGCCGUUGUGGUUCUGCUGUUUGCCCCUCGCCCUUUUGCCUCUGCUCGCCGCCGUGGAAGAGACACUGAUGGACUCCACAACAGCCACGGCAGAGCUGGGCUGGAUGGUGCAUCCUCCCUCAGGGUGGGAAGAGGUGAGUGGAUACGACGAGAACAUGAACACCAUCCGCACCUACCAGGUGUGCAACGUCUUUGAGCCCAACCAGAACAACUGGCUGAGGACCAAGUACAUCCGGAGGCGAGGAGCGCAUCGCAUCCACGUGGAGAUGAAAUUCUCUGUUCGGGACUGCAGCAGCAUCCCCAAUGUCCCAGGUUCCUGUAAGGAGACUUUUAAUCUCUAUUAUUACGAAUCAGACUUUGACUCUGCUACCAAGACUUUUCCUAACUGGAUGGAAAACCCUUGGAUGAAGGUAGAUACGAUUGCUGCCGACGAGAGCUUCUCGCAGGUGGACCUUGGUGGGCGGGUGAUGAAGAUUAACACCGAGGUGCGCAGUUUUGGACCUGUCUCCAAAAACGGUUUCUACCUGGCCUUCCAGGACUAUGGGGGCUGCAUGUCCUUGAUUGCAGUCCGUGUCUUUUACCGCAAGUGUCCCCGUGUGAUUCAGAACGGGGCGGUCUUCCAGGAAACCCUCUCGGGAGCGGAGAGCACAUCUCUGGUGGCAGCCCGGGGGACGUGCAUCAACAAUGCAGAGGAGGUGGAUGUGCCCAUCAAGCUGUACUGCAAUGGGGAUGGGGAGUGGAUGGUACCCAUAGGUCGCUGCACGUGCAGGCCGGGCUAUGAGUCGGUGGAGAAUGGGACCGUUUGCAGAGGCUGCCCAUCAGGGACCUUCAAGGCCAGCCAAGGAGAUGAAGGAUGUGUCCAUUGUCCAAUUAACAGCCGGACGACUUCAGAAGGGGCAACGAACUGCGUGUGUCGAAAUGGAUAUUACCGAGCAGAUGCUGACCCUGUCGACAUGCCAUGCACCACCAUCCCAUCUGCCCCCCAGUCCGUGAUCUCCAGUGUGAACGAAACCUCCCUGAUGCUGGAGUGGACCCCACCACGAGACUCGGGGGGCCGGGAGGAUCUGGUGUACAACAUCAUCUGCAAGAGCUGUGGGUCAGGCCGUGGGGCAUGCACACGCUGUGGGGACAACGUGCAGUUUGCCCCACGCCAGCUGGGCCUGACGGAGCCUCGCAUCUACAUCAGCGACCUGCUGGCCCAUACGCAGUACACCUUCGAGAUCCAGGCUGUGAAUGGGGUCACCGACCAGAGUCCCUUCUCCCCACAGUUUGCAUCAGUGAAUAUCACCACCAACCAGGCUGCUCCUUCAGCUGUGUCCAUAAUGCACCAGGUCAGCCGUACUGUGGACAGCAUUACCCUCUCGUGGUCUCAACCUGACCAACCCAAUGGAGUCAUCCUGGAUUAUGAGCUGCAGUAUUAUGAGAAGAACCUGAGUGAGUUAAAUUCAACAGCAGUGAAGAGCCCCACCAACACUGUGACAGUGCAAAACCUCAAAGCUGGCACCAUCUACGUCUUCCAAGUGCGAGCACGUACCGUGGCUGGGUAUGGCCGGUAUAGUGGCAAGAUGUACUUCCAGACCAUGACUGAAGCUGAGUACCAGACCAGUGUCCAGGAGAAGCUGCCACUCAUCAUUGGCUCCUCUGCAGCAGGAUUGGUGUUUCUCAUUGCUGUUGUCGUCAUCAUUAUUGUGUGCAACAGAAGACGGGGCUUUGAACGUGCAGACUCUGAGUACACUGACAAGCUGCAGCACUAUACCAGUGGCCACAGUACGUACCGUGGUCCCCCGCCAGGCCUGGGGGUCCGCUCUCUCUUCGUGACUCCUGGGAUGAAGAUUUAUAUCGAUCCGUUUACCUACGAGGACCCCAAUGAGGCUGUCAGGGAAUUUGCAAAAGAAAUUGAUAUCUCCUGUGUGAAAAUCGAGCAGGUGAUUGGGGCAGGGGAGUUUGGUGAGGUGUGCAGUGGGCAUCUCAAGCUUCCUGGCAAAAGAGAGAUCUUCGUGGCCAUCAAGACACUGAAGGCUGGCUACACAGAGAAGCAGAGACGGGACUUCCUGAGCGAAGCCAGCAUCAUGGGGCAGUUUGACCACCCCAACAUCAUCCACCUGGAGGGAGUGGUGACCAAGAGUUCCCCAGUCAUGAUUAUUACAGAGUUCAUGGAGAAUGGCUCGUUGGACUCCUUCUUGAGGCAAAACGAUGGGCAGUUCACGGUCAUCCAGCUGGUGGGGAUGCUGCGAGGCAUUGCAGCUGGCAUGAAGUACCUGUCAGACAUGAACUACGUGCACCGGGACCUGGCUGCCCGCAACAUCCUGGUCAACAGCAACUUGGUCUGCAAAGUGUCUGACUUUGGCCUCUCCCGUUUCCUGGAGGAUGACACCUCUGAUCCCACUUACACCAGCGCACUGGGUGGAAAGAUCCCGAUCCGGUGGACAGCACCUGAGGCCAUUGCAUACCGCAAAUUCACAUCAGCCAGUGAUGUGUGGAGCUAUGGAAUCGUCAUGUGGGAGGUGAUGUCGUACGGCGAGCGGCCUUACUGGGAUAUGACCAAUCAAGAUGUGAUAAAUGCUAUUGAGCAGGACUACCGGCUGCCACCCCCCAUGGACUGCCCCACAGCCCUGCACCAGCUGAUGCUGGACUGCUGGCAGAAGGACCGCAACCACAGACCUAAAUUUGGACAGAUUGUCAACACUCUAGACAAAAUGAUCCGAAAUCCUAAUAGUCUGAAAGCCAUGGCACCUCUCUCCUCUGGGGUUAACCUCCCUCUACUUGACCGCACAAUCCCAGAUUAUACCAGCUUCAACACUGUGGAUGAAUGGCUGGAUGCCAUCAAGAUGAGCCAGUACAAGGAGAGCUUUGCCAGUGCUGGCUUCACCACCUUUGAUAUAGUAUCUCAGAUGACUGUAGAGGACAUCCUACGAGUUGGGGUCACUUUAGCAGGACACCAGAAGAAAAUACUGAACAGUAUCCAGGUGAUGAGAGCACAGAUGAACCAAAUUCAGUCUGUGGAGGUUUGAUAGCGACGUGUCCUCGUGCUCCACUUCCUUGAGGCCCUGCUCCCCUCUGCCCCUGUGUGUCUGAGCUCCAGUUCCUGAGUGUUCUGCGUGGGUCAGAGACAGGCAGCUGCUCUGAGGAUCAUGGCAACAGGAAGAAAUGCCCUAUCAUCGACAAUGAGAAGUCACCAAGAUGGGAAAAACAAUGGAAAAACAAUGGAAAAAGGGAACAAGAAAAGACAGCUAUUUUGAAAACAAACAAACAGUGAAUUAUUUUUAAAUAAUAAUAAAGCAAUUGCAGUCUUGAAAAGGGCUCCAAGACCAAUGGGAGUCUCCAAAGGAAGAGAAUAGAGCAGCUUCAUCUAUUUCGUCUUGCACAAGGGUUGGUGCAGCUGGGCCCAGACACCUCUGGAGUAAUGAGACUUAAGAUGAAUGCAGAGAAUGGUGGCAAGAAGCACUUCUCUUUCUCACAUGGGAUGGCAGCUCUGGGAAUGCCCAGCAGUCCUUCCUGAAAGCCCUGUUGGCAAAUGGAAGAGGAGAGCUGAAGCUCUUUGGUGCUCUGGAACCAAGUGAAUCUCAGAAAUUGUUGGGACUUCUACAAAAGCUGAAGACAUUCUUUUUUUUUUUUUUAAAGAAAAAAAAACAAAACAAGUAAACUGAUACUAGAAGAGGCUGUUUCCGUCAAAUGAGAAGGAAUCUGUAACACUGGGGCGGGGGGUGGGGAAUGGGGGAAAUCAGUCCUUUUUACAUCUCUUUUAUUUUCUCUUGUCAUGGAACAGUUUUGUGAGUGACAGUUUCCUAAGGGUCCGUCCAUCCACCCUCCAAUGGCAUCAUUGUUUCAUACAUAUCAUAUGCACAAGACUUAUAGUGAUGUCCUCACUCGAUGCCAAUGAUCUUUCCCCAGAAGACUUCCCAAGUACAGUAUGUAGUAGAUUUUGAUUACAGAUGCUGAUGUGUACCUUUAUUUUUCGGUUGUCAUUGUUGGGAGAUUUGUCCUUUUUACCUUGCUUUGUUAACACCAGUUUGUGAGUUUGGGGUUGGAAUUUUUUGGUCGAUUGGGGGUUUGUUUGUUUGGUUUUUUUUAACGAAAAGGAAACGACAUUUCCAAGCAUAAUAUCAUUCAAGAACUUAAAUCCUUUCCUUGCGGAAGGAAAAAUUGCUUAUUGACAAUAUGCCAGGAGAAAAAGUUUUUUAUAUGCACAUUUCCUCAUGUUUGCUUUGUUUGUUAUUUUGCAAUUCGUUUCCACCUGACAGGUGUUUCCAGCUGUUGGGAUUCCUGCUGUCUGCAGAGAUGAAGUGACCGCCUGCUCAAUUCAGGGUUGUUGGUGCAGUGAUGAGCGGCGCUAUGGAAGGGUUGUUGGUUUUGUUAUAUGGAGGGGAGGGAAAGAUGGGAGGGUUGUUGUGUUAUGAGUUGGAAUGAUGGCUGUUAGAGCCCCUUGGAGAUGUCUGCUUAGAUGUCAAGGUUGGUUGGUGCACAUGGUUUCUAGAUGCAACACUGUGGGUGCUUCGUACCGUAACCAAGCUCUGUGGUGGUGCUUUGUGCCCUUUGGACACACAAUCCCUUUGUUAGGCAAUGCCCAGUUGGCUCUGAGCAUCAUCUCAGCCUGUUGCCUCUAGGAUAACACAGGAGAGCAAACACCGAGUCCAGGUCUCUGUAGGAAAAUGCCAUGGUUGAAGCUCAAUGACCAGCUGGUGGGUUUAUAAAUAACAGAAAUAAAUGCUUUAGUUACUAAACAGCUGUUUGAUAUGUAUAAAUACCACCAAGCAAGUGCAGGGCAAAUAGAAAUUAUAGUAAUGGGAUUGUUGUCCCUGUUCAACACCACCUCAUGUCUUCUGAAGCCCCCAUAGUAGGGUUCAUCCACCCACGUGUGGCAUAUUUGCACACAUCUGAGCCUGUGUUGAUAAACCCACCUCUGCCAUUGCCAUGUCCUUUGUAGAGAGCUCAUGUAUAUCAGCAAGGGGUGCUGGAAGGCCUGUUCACUGGGAGCUGGUUUGCUGUAUUGUCCAGGAGCUGAAUCAGAGAGGAAAGCUGUAGAUGGAACUUCCAAGCUAUUUAGACCUCAGUGGCCAGACACCAUCUUUCUGGAUAAAUGGCCAUUUAUAGAGUACUCAGCAUUUGCUGCUUUCACAUCAGAUCAGAUGGGAAAGCACAUGUAAGUGGCAGCAGAGCAUUCCUUGCAAGUGAGGGUUACUUCUCUGCUGGCUCCUUUACUUCCACUGCUGCCUCCUUCAGGGCAGAAUCUGAUAUAGAGUUUUGAAUGAGUGGACAACAGGCGUUGUAUGCAGGCAGGUCCUGGACAUUUCAGCUGCAGUGUGUUUAGUGUGUGUAUCUACCUGAAAGGAUGUUUUGAACACCCUUGAAUUGAGGAAGCACUGCUCCAGAUCAUGAAACGAACUCAGUUUAAAGAGCAGGAUACUGAUGGUGUCAGCUGAACAUAGUGCGUUCAGAGGGCACACAAGGAAAGAAGAGUCUUCUUUUUGCCACCUGUCCUAUGGAACUGCUCAUGGGGGUGUAUCUGUCUUGCACUGUGGCUGCUGUGCUCUACCAAGGAGCUGCUGUCAGCUCCCAAAGGCAUGGGCUUUCCAAAGGUCUCGGAAUCUUUUUGGUGAUAGUUGGGGCUGUGGGAAGCAGGGUGCCAUGCCAACCCUUCCAUCCACAGCCAACCACCUACUUUAUGUGCAAGGGAGCUUUGCAGGACAAGGAGAGCUGUCUGACUAGAAAACUCACCAGCAAAUUCCUUUGGGGCAACCAUGUGGAAGGAGCACGUGAUGCCCUUCAGUUGUCUUUUCUCAGACAGCUCUUGGCUGUUCUCUGCCAUCAGUGCAUGUGUGCUUAUACCACGGAGGAGCAGUGGCCAAGCAGUGUCCUUUUAGCCAUUCAGGCUGGAAGGACACUUGAUGUUAUUUGUCUCAAUGCACUGAACCUCCUCACUGAACUGCAUUAAACACAUCUACCUACCAGACCCAACACACUGUGAAAGAAGGGACCACACAGAGCUCAGUGCCACGGCAGCUGUCUGCAGGAUAGAGAAAGCACAUCCUUAUCUCUUCCUCUGACCAAAAAAAAAGCAACCCACAUGCUGUCAGUCCUACAAUAAUACACUCCCAUCUAUUCAUAUCAGGCAUUGCUGCGACAUCUGCCUGUAUUUGUACAGGACUAAUGGAGAAUGAGACCUAAGAUGGAAAUGAUCCAUAAAACACUGCAAUUUUCUGCAUCCCUACAGCUUUCCAGGGAGGAUGAGGAACCGAGUUCCUGUUAAGUACUUUGGUUGUAAAUUAUUCUGGUGCAUGCUCCAGUGGACAGCAGAGUCACUGAAGUGACUUUAAUGUUUUUACUUCAUGGGUAUCAAAUGUACUGCUAUGAAAUACGAGUCUGAUGGCAAAAUUCAACAAAUAAUGAGGGGAAAACGGGGGAAAGUCACUUGCUAACAUUUACACUGUGAAAUAGUUGUGCAUAUGCAUGUGUGCAUGUGUGAAUACUUAACAAAGCUCAUCACCAUGUUAUUUUUCAGGCAGCUUGUUGCAAUUUUCACAUUUUCCCUCCAUCUUUCAAGCUACCUCCAAGACCUCCUCUUCUCCUCCACUGUUGCCCACUGCCAUCUGCUGCUGAGGCCAUGCGUGUCUCGUGAUGGCAUCCAGUAGAAGAGCUGAGCAGGACGCUACGUUGAAUAUAUGUUAGUUGGCCAAGUUCAAAUCACACAGAGUAUCAUGAAUAUGUGCAGGUAGUAGAAAGGUUAAGGGUUCACCCACAAUACUGCAUUUUAUGGGUCACUUUCAGCCCUCUAAUUAGCAGCAAAAGGGAAAAAAAAAAGAUGAAAAACGAACUUAAAAUGCACAGCACUGCCAUGAACUUCUGACCAGCUGUGGGGACAGACACAGAGCACUACAGACUGCACCCCCCCUACACAGAUUAUCUUCCUUUCUCCCCUAAAGUCCCAGAAUUUCAUGAACUUGAUGUAGAUCUGCAGCUUGCAGCAGUUGAGGAUCUGUUUGUUGUCAUCUGGCUGCUUCUCUCCAUUGUAUCCUCACUACCACGCAGUAGAUUUCAGUCUCUCCAUGGGGUCCUGGUCAGUGUUGCUGUCCCAAGAUCCAGCAGUUUUGCAGCAUUACUUUAAUAUUAUAAUUCAAAGGCAGAGCAUUUUAUUCCCCAACUCCAUGGCAGCCAUGGUACAGCAGAGCCAUCUUGGUGUUGUUGGACUGGUUGGCAUCAGGGCUUGCACUCUGCUGCAUCAUUAACAGUUACAUCCUCUAAUAAUGCAAUAAAUCUGUGUCUGUCUUGGAUUUGUGAAUCCAAAACGCAUAAAGUAAGAGAGAAUAUGUUUUAGUCUUUUUUCCUUCAUCUCCCUUUCCAUGUGUCUGAUUUGAGGCUGAUUUAUUGCAGGUCUUUUCCAUCUCGAUGCUUAACAAGUUCUUCACAUACAGGACUCAGCAUUUUGCCCUUCAGAGCUGUAAGAACAACCGAUGCAUCGUUGCACUCUGGCUGUUACCCAGUGCAGAUAAGAGCACCCUAAAAUUUACCCUUCUUUGCUGCGUUCCACCUCAACCUCUUAAAGAAAUUGGCAUUCAGAGUGCUUUCAGCUCUAGGAUCAAUAGUCCUUUAUGCCCAACAAUUAAAGUAGACUUUAUUCUGGGUGGUCAUCAGUGUUCAGAGAUUCGGACUCGAUGACCCUUAUGGGUCCCUUCCAACUUGGGAUAUUCUGUGAUUCUGAUGUAUCCUUAUAACUGGGACCUCCUUCCUUUGCAGUAUCUGAACAGCCACGUUCUGUGUUGUAUCUCCAGUCCCUGAGCUGAGCAGCGGUGCCAUCUGCUCACGGUGAUGGUUCCACCGUGUUCACAAUUCAGUGCACUUCUGCCAUUGGCUUUUCAUGAGCACUGACCACAAAAAUUAUCUUCUGUGCUGCUGAUUUUGUUUUGUUAUUGCUGAGAGCUACUGGAGUUCUCCUACUAUGCAAACAUAUAUAUAUAUAUAUAUAUAUAUUUCUUUUUUGCUUCAGUCACAUUUUGACCUCAUCUUUAGAAUUCUUCAGGAUGAAUCAUCCAUCUCUCAGAUGCUUUUGCUUCUCAUUGAACCCUUCCUAGAAAGAUGAUGCCACUUCUGUCCGUGUUUACCUCCAUGUAUGAGCCAUUCCACAGUCCUCCAUGAGAGCACCGUCAUACAAAUGUUUCCUGGUAUCUGAUUUUACUGCUGUGCCUCCCUGUUAUUUCUGCAGUCAAACGUUAGCUGUAGAGGUUUGGGACUAGAAGUGAGAUGUCAUUUCUGCCCUCAAAUCCGUCUUUGUCCUAAUUUGUGUUUUCCGCUGCCCUACAAAUGACUCAGCAGCAUCUCACCCUUUGUCUCAGUUCUGUGCUUUGUGGGAUAGCAGCCACAUUCACAUAGUAUGGUCCGAUCCCUGACUCGUUUCUCCUCUGGCAGUUGGAUGUUCACAGUUCCCUGAUAGCCAUUCAGAGCCCCACAGGACUUCAGUGCAGAAAAUCCAUUCUACCUUCAUGAUAAAAGAUUUGUUUCAUCCUUUUCCCAUUGCUGAUUUCAGGAUAUUUUUCAUUUACCUCAACUGUAGCUUCUACCUCCAUCUCCAGGGUCAGUCUUAAGCUCUAGUGCAGACAGCACUGUGUCCUUUGGUAAUCCUACUAAAUCUAAGAGGGAAAGAAUACACUCUUUGGAGACUUGAACAGCCAAGCAGCUGAUGGGAGGAGAUCAAGAGGGACUAAGAGGAAGCAUGAUAGGAAAAUCCCUCUUUUCCCCCAAAUUAUCUUUCUUCUGUGCUGCCCAUUCAUUGACUGCAGUCUGUGGUCAUCAAGUUGGCUUAAGAGUCAGCCUGGUUGAACAGUUCCUUGGGUAUGGUGGACACCAGUCUGGGGCUGAUGGUUUGGCAGAUCUGCACUCUUGCUUGGCCUUUGCUUUUGGAGAAUGAAUGCAAAGACUCUUAUUGCUAACAAGUGUUUGCACUCAGCCUUCACAUGAGAGUGUUGUUAUGAGCCCGGAUAUCUCUUGUGUGCUGAAUUCUCAAAGGGAGGAAGCUAAGAGAUGCAGAAAAGGGCUGUAGGAACAGCCAAAAGUCUUUGGAGGUUUUUGAGUUUAUGUCUGACAGAGGUGAACGAUGACGAUAAGGAAUUUAAUGCCAUUAAAUAAGAUGUGGUGAAGGUGAGUAAGAAGGAGCCACCAUGUCUCACAAUAAACAAAUGCAGCAGAAAGGAAAUGCUCUGUGACACAAAGCACAGUGACUGAAUGCUGGAACUCACUGCUGCAGGGUGUUGAUGGUAAGAAUUAGAUUCAAAGGACGGCAAAUUUGUGUAACUGAAAUCUUUAUUGGCUUCCUCAGCACAAAAAUAAAGCUCUUCUGUGCUUUCUGGGUCACAGACACCACUGGUUGCCCAGGGAGCUGUGGGUGCCCCAUCCCUGAAGGUGCUCAAUGCCAGGCUGGAAGGGGCAGCCUGAUCUGGUGGGGGCAACCAGCACAGAGCAGUGUUGGUAUCUCUGCAUUGGAUAUUGGCUCAACCUGCAUGAGCCAUCUCUGCUGGUUGUAUGCUUAUCCAAUCAUGAGUCCAAACAGACUCGAGCACGUUGCCUCAAGGAUGAAAAUUCAGGAAAGGAGCCUGGGACAAGCUCCUAAAACAGGUGAAGAGGUUUCAGUUUAAUGUAGACAUUCAGGGCUGAGCUACAUGCAUGCAGUGAUAUCCCAGAGGCAUCCAAGAGCAGACGCUGAGUGCUGGGGCCUCCAGGAUAAGGUGCAGACAGGUGCUGAGUGCGAGGUUCAGUUAUUGAGUGCCAACCCAGUUCUGAAGCUGAUUUGAUUCUCUUAUGUCCUGAAGACAACUUAGCUCCCAACAAAACUCAUGUCACUGAGGAUACCUUUAUAGCAUAAAGAAAAGCUACUUGACACAGGCAAAGAUUUAUUUCCUUAUUCAGUAUAGCCUGCAGAUCCCUAUAAGGUAAGAGAGACAAGGAAAGGCACACAGUGCUUGGUGCCCUUGUAUUGCCUUCAGAUCUGUCUUGCUUGACCCCCUCUGAGACUCAUCUCCAGUACAACUCUUGUCUUUCUUCUCCUGUGAAAGGGGGAGAUCCAGAAAUUUUCUAGCUUUGUUCCCUAUUCUUUCUUACUGCUUGUCUCCUGGCAUCAUCUAUCUCUGCUCUUCAUGGUUUCUUUGUCCUCUGUCCCUUUCCCAGUACAGGAGGGCUGGGUGGAUUGCUUACGUUUGGGUCAUAUCCAAGGAUUUCCUUCCUUGGACCUGGCUCAGCACAUCUCUGCAGUGAUCCUGUGCCCAGCUGCAUUUCUUCUGAUGAAAACAUCCCACUCUGUCUGUCCUCCUUGGAAACAUCAUCCUCACAUCCCAGAUCUUCCUGGAGAGAGGAGGAGAAAUUUAUACGAAACUGAGGCAAGAGUGCUAGGCUCAUUGGCCAUCAUUUCCAUGGAACAACUAAAGGCAAAGGGCCCAGCCCUACCUCUUACAGCAGGUAAAUGAGCACACCAAUCAGUCUGAGUAUUUCCUACCAGUCUUUCAAUAAAUGGUCAUGGCAAUCCUGACUGACACCCACCCCUAAGGUCUCUGACAGGAGAGUAUUUACGUGGUGCCUCACGUCAAAGGGAACCUUCAGUUGGUACAGAGCUAUGCACAGCUCGACUGUAGGGUUGCUUUUCUUGUAGUUGUUUGCCCAGAAUAAUCUCAACAGGGAAACCCUUCUUAAGUUUGGUGAGAGUCUCCAAUUGGUUGAUGUCAGGGCAAAAAAGUAAUAGAUCUUGCUGGAGAAAUAAUCAGGGUGUCCCACGUAAACCUGUGAUGGUUUGACUUGAUGACCUUAAGGGUCUUCUCCAACCUAAAUAAUUCAGCAGCUCUGUUAGGGGCAUGGUUGAGUUGGUCAUGUUAGGUUAAUGAUUGGACUUGAUGAUCUUCAGGGUCUUUUCCCAAAUGACUGUGUUCUAUUCAGUGAUCUACACACACACACACUUAGCCAAGCCACCACUGGGCAGGACACAGGUGAGUUGUAACUGGGACCCAAGACCUCUAUUCAAGGUGAGGUAGGCUUAGAUAGUCAAACUACCCUCUGAAGCCACAGACAUCUUGUAUCUAUGGGCUGAUGAGGAGAUGAAGAGCUAACAUAGAUGCCUGUGUUUCUUUUAAAGGAGGACCUGUCCUAGCUCAACAGUCAGACCUCAGGUUAGCAAUGCAGAGGAAAAAGUAAGAGGGUCUUGGAGGGAAGCCUUAAGCUGAAGCCCGAGAGGUGAGAUCUGUGGGGAAAUAUGACUGUGAUGUAGGGAACUUUGUAAGGAGAUUUUGCCAGGCUCUGAAUUCCUCACAGCUUUGCAAGGAUCUGGCAGUAUAGGAUGGGGGAAUUAUGUGUACCCUUCAGCUACCCCAAACCAAGCUUGUCUAGUCAACACCACAUCUUACCAUUCCCCCAAGUCCAAGGAUCCAUCAGCUGGGCUCCAGGGGCAUCCCCAAGCCUGGUUUCCUACUGUUCAUCAUCCUGUGUGUUGACCAUGGCCCUGCGGACGAUGUAACACUUUUCAUGACAGUAUUUGUAUUUUUUUAAUUGUGAAUGGGGAGAUAGUGUGCAGGUCCUUGUUACACAGGGAUGUGUCUUCCAUUCAGAUCAGGGCUUCCCCUGGCUUCGUCAGAUGUCUUAUCGAUGUUACUGAGAAAAUAAAGAAAGAAAUAAAUCAGAUGUAUUUAUAAAGGAAACAGAAACCCGCUGCUCCAAUGCCUUUGUAGGAGUAUUUUUAACAAAACAUUUUUUCAAAAUAAAUGUGAAUUGUAAAGUUU